UUUUCACGUGAAAACACAAUGAACACAUUGACAAUUUUAAAGCGCAACCAUCGUAUGAAAAAUUCUCGUUUUCUGUUUUGACAUCUCUUACCAACAACCAAAGUCAUCUUGAACCGAAGCGGAAGUUAAGCCGAUGACGGUGAACUUUGCGAUGGAAGUAAUUCUCUGACAGCAUGGAUGAAUACAUUAAGGAGUAGGUAGCUUUUGCCAAAGGAGUUUGCAGGAAUUUCACUUCAUACCAGUCACCAGCAAUAAAGGUGUGUUUUCGACAAUGACCUCUUCGGUUUUCUCCUCCAUUGAGCCUGGAAUACUGAACGAAAUAUGCGCAUUGCACGAGGAAUUUUGCAGCGAUCCUUACAGGAAGAAGGUGGAUCUUGUUAAAGGAGCUUAUCCGACGGACGAAGGAAAACCAUGGGUUUUGCCUGUGGUCAGGAAAACUGAAAUCAUUCUGGCAAACGAUGAAAAUACCUUUCAUGAGUCUGAACAUUUUCUGAGCUCCAGCGAGUUUACUGAUGCAGCCACUUCCUCACUACUGGGCGAAAAAUCCAUCGCCGUUCAAGACAAGAGGACGUUGGGCGUCCAGACAGUGGGUGGUACUGGAGCUCUCUCCAUCGGUGCACAAUUCCUUAAGAAGAGUUUGGGACGCUCACACUUUUACUUAUCUGACCCCCAUUGGAACGCCUACGAAGUCAUAAUCAUGCAAGCAGGUUUCGAGAAAAGCUCUCGUUACCGAUAUUGGAAUGCGGAGAAACAAUGCAUUGACAUGGAUGGACUUUUGGAGGAUUUGUCAAAGGCAGAGCCAACUUCGGUCGUUUUACUCCAAGCGUGUGCGCAUAACCCGACUGGGUGUGAUCCUACCCCCGAACAGUGGGCAAAAAUAGCUUCUCUCAUGAAGAAAAAUAGAUUGUUCCCAUUCUUCGACAUAGCUUAUCAAGGUUUGGCGUCUGGUGAUAUGGACGAAGAUGCAGAGGCUGUUCGCUAUUUCGUUGACCAGGGUUUCGAGUUACUGUGCGCGCAAUCUUUUUCUAAGAACUUUGGUCUUUACGGUGAACGAGUAGGAAGCCUCACUAUUGUCUCAAAUUGUGCCCAUACAAUGCCUCAUAUAGUAUCCAAGAUGAUUAACAUCGCUGAGGGCAAUUAUCUGGUGCCACCCCUCCAUGGAAGUAGGAUUGUUGCAUCCGUUUUAAAAACGCCAGCUCUCUUUCAAGAAUGGCAAAGUUGCGUUAAAACUAUGCUCGAUCGAAUAAUAGCAAUGAGAAGGGGCCUUAAGGAGAGAUUAGAGGCGUUGAAAACUCCAGGUUCUUGGGACCAUAUUACAUCCCAGCGAGGCAUGUUCUGCCUUAUUGGCCUAGCGCCUGCUCAAAUUGAGUACUUGAGGAAAAAGCACCAUGUCUAUACAUUGGAAAAUGGGAGGAUGAACGUCGCAGCGCUGACACCCUUAAACUUGGACCACGUCGCCUGGAGUAUUCAUGAUACUGUAUUAAAUGCGAAUGGAUAGAAUGAUUCUAACCAAGAAUAUACUUUGAUGCAAGAUUACCCAGUAAGAGGCCACGCACCCUGAUCGCCACGCGGCCCAACCCCCACAGGACGCUUCGCGCUCUCAUGAGUAACUAAAUCUGAAUUUAGCGGGCUCGUCUAGGAAGCAUAUUACAUAUCGAUAGCCGCAAAAAUCAUGAUAAUCAGCCCGGUAGAUUUUUAGGAUCCACUGAGACAAAAAAUGAACAUUUGCACUGUUUAAAUGGGAUUGUUCACAGCUUGUCGUGUAACAUAAAAAAAAAGAAUGAGAAGAAAAAAAAACAUGGGUCAUGUUUCCAAAAUUUGAAUUGAGCAGACUCAUCUAGAGGUAGAAACGGUAGAACGAAUUGUGACGGAAAAUAAAAAUUUAGAGGCUCGGAGAUCAAUAAUGAAGGAGAUCUUGUUAUUUGAUGGGUGAUUUAUUGGUCAGUAAAAAGGUGAUCCAUUUUGAUAUCCCACACCUGUGGGCAACAAUGCGUGCCUAAGAGAUUUUUUUGUCGGAUAAACGAAGAACUUAGGGCGCUCUGUCAUUUUGGAUCCUAGCACUAAAGCCCGCUGCCGUUGGCGCCGCGGGUGAAGAAGGUGAAUGCUUGGACAGUCAAAACGCCUUCAACUCUGUGGGUAUGCAACACAGACAUCUAUGGAGCCCGAAUAGUUGCAUCGAGGAGUCAUAAUGAAAUUCAUGUACUGAUCGUUGCAUGCGAUACUCACAUAAGGCUUUGCUCUUUUCUGCAUAACUUAAUUUCAGUGUUGCUCAUUCUGCCGAUGAAGUAAACUAUUAUUGUUAUUUA